CAGUCAACUCCGCGUCCUCACGUAAAGUGCACGCCAUUUUUGGUGUAAAUUGGCGGGAAAUCUUAUAGUUCGGACGAGCCAUUUUGUAUUUUUUUUGUUGUGUUUCAAUUUUUAAAAAUCUUAUUUUAUACCUCCCUUUGUUCGCGUGUUGAACGUGACUGUUUUUUAACGAAUUAAUGGAAUGAUGAUUUUUGACCAUUUAUGCUUAAGUCCGAUUCGAGCCUAGUAUUUUUAUUUUAUUUUAUGGAGAAAGAUUAAAGGACUUGACUGACAUUGACUGAUAUGUAAUGAUAAUUACCUUUUAAAAAAAACGAUAGAUUUAGUUUGUUAUAAUGAGAUGUUUGCUGUUCAUUAUUUUGGCGGGAAGUGCUGUUAAAUGCGACGAGAAUAACUAUUUCGUCGUUGAAAUGACAGAAGACCAAACGUUUGAAACGAAAAAACCGUUCUACGUCUACUGGAACGUGCCAACAAUGCAGUGCAGAAGCAAGAAGAUCCCGUUCGAAGAUCUGUUCGAAAAGUUCGGGAUACUUCAGAACGAAAACGACAGUUUCCUGGGAAAGGCCGUCUCCAUCCUGUACGAUCCCGGGCUUUUCCCGGCCCUGCUCACCAACGAAACCAGCGGUCAGAUAAUAUUCCGCAACGGAGGAGUUCCACAGGAGGGCGACUUGGCGAAGCAUUUGGAGGUUUUCAGGAGGAAUUUGGUGCAAUGCGUACCUGACGAAGAUUUUAGUGGAGUCGGCAUUAUCGAUUUCGAAUCCUGGCGGCCGAUCUUCAGGCAAAACUUUGGCGCUUUAGUUCCAUACAAGGACGUGUCGUAUGAGAUAGAAAAGAAACUUCACUGGUGGUGGCCCAAGCAAUGGGUGCAGACUGAGGCAAUACAACGCUUUGAAGAAUCAGCGCGGACCUUCAUGCAGAGGACGCUCUUAGUGGCGAAAGAGAUGAGGCCUAACGCGCAGUGGGGAUACUACGGGUUCCCGUACUGUUUCAACAUGGCCAGCAACAACAUGAAGGAGUCUUGUGCCGAAAAGGUUCCUGAGGAAAACGAUAGGCUACAUUGGCUGUGGUCAGAGAGCACCGCUCUGUACCCCUCGAUAUACAGCUCGCGGGAUCUGACGUCAUCCCAACUGUCCCGGAUGAUCCGAGGACGUAUUAAGGAGGCCCAGAGACUCAAUAGGAAUGACGCGCCGGUGCUGCCUUACUUCUGGUUCCGCUACAGAGACGGCGGGUACAUGACUGAAGAAGACCUCAAUUCGGCCCUGCAAGCGAUAUACGCCUCGAACGCCUCAGGGUUCAUAGUGUGGGGCAGCUCCAACGACGUCAACACAGUUAAAAAAUGUCACAAUUUACGUGAAUAUCUCGAGGGCACGUUGGGGCCGGCCAUAGCCAAAUAUACCGGGUCACAAAUCAGAAACGUCCCAACAGAAGACGUCGACACUACAACCACAGCCUCCAGCACAGUCUUAGCAAAUUACGACCCGGACUACCACUGGGAUCCUCCUGACAACUACGAACAAAACAUUCAAAAAUACGUCAACGAUGAAAUGAAAAACAAAACUGGAUACGACAAAACGAACGCCAGCUUCCCAUUACAUAGCUAUAAUGAUAACGCACUUAUAAAUAUGAUACUUAAUAACUUUAUCACUAAUGACAGUGAUGUGAACAAUGACAGUUCGAUAAGUAACGUGACGAGCGCAGGUCACGCGAGCACGCAGACCGCUGACACUGACAUGACAACUGUCCGGUUGGAUACAACGCAAACUAAUGAGUAUUAUGCUUCGUUCAAUGAUAAUACAACAGAAAUACUAGAUAACACAGAGAGCACAACAGUAGAAGGAACAAAUUUACAAGAUGUAACAACAAAUGAUGUAUUUAAAUUCUUCAAUGAAGACACAUUCAAUGAAUUCUCAAGCAAUAACACGCUAGAUACUGAUACAGAAACUAGUGACGUCACAGAAGAUAAUUAUCCCAAAGAAUUAGAUGUUUCUAGAAAGGAUACGGACAGCGAUCCAACCACGGCGCCACCUAACAGUCAGGUGUCGGGUACUGCUUCAGUCAUCGGUCUGGGACGCCUUCUGUAUAUGUCUGUGUUUUUAUUUGUGUAAGGGUACAGGGAAAUAAAUGGUCGAAGUAAAAAAUCGGUUGUCUGUAAAGUCGGUUUACUGACGAUAGUUGAACGUGACAACGUCAUAAGAAAAUACUGAUGGAAUGGUUUCAUUUUUCAAUUAUCGCAAUUAUCGUUGCUAUAAACAAUUGACACCACAUUCACUUUUCACUGAACUUCAUACUUGACGAAAACAUGUAAAUUUAUUAUUGUAUAGCAGCUGUCCACGCGGAUGCAUCGCUCACUCAAGUAGGAGAGAGACAGAUGUCGAACGCUGCCGAACGCGGAGGCCGAUCGUGCCUCUUUGUCGCUCGUUGCGCGCUCUCGCUUGCACUUCAAGCCUUAAAUGGAACGCCUCAGAGCGAGGUAACGCCGCAUGAGUCAGGUUUUUUCGUGCGUACAGCCGGUUCCAUCGAAUUAUAAGACGUUGUCACAUCAAAAAUUGAACAAGACUGUAAUAUUUUUUCCAGCAGUACAGACAAUCAUAUUUCCUGUGCCCUUUGCCAUUUUGUAGCACAUCACCCGAUAUCAGAAGUAUAAAGUCGGAUAGCCAUGACAUUAGCUUUUCAAACUCGAUACUUUAGUUAGUUCAUUAAGUUAAUUAAAUAAGAAUUUUUUUAUCUAGAGGUCUAGAUUACAAAAAGAAAAAUAACUUCUUCAUAAGUGUUAUUUACAAAAUAACAUAUGCGACCUUAUGCUUGGGAUAUUAUUUGGGCUCUUGUGGGUACUUACUCUGGGUGUUGUUAACAAAACAUUCACAUCUUAUAUUUCUAACAAUGCUCGACGACUUAUUGAUUUGCCUAAAACGAAAAAUCCUUUCAAAAGUAUUUUUAAAUGCAUUUUUCUUUUGGGUUAAAUGGAAAGUUUGUGUUUGUACAAACUAUUUCCGAAUUUAAAGUUAGUUACAUUAUGUAUAAGAAUGUGUGUGUGUUUCUUUACGCCAAAUCUCCACUUUGAAUUAAAGUUUUAAGAAAACUACUUAACAUUACAUUACGAUUCAUUCGGUCAACAAGUACUCCUCAUCGCCAUGUUAAAUGUAAUCUCAAAAAUAUUACAACGCUAAUUCGUAUUAUGAGUUUUUCUCAUAGCUUGUAACUUAGGACGGAAUUAAUUUGGAAGCAGAUCAGCGCCAUCUAGUAUCAGUAUGAUGUAACCGCGUCAGUCGCAUACAGACUGCGAUGCAAAACAUUAGAAUAACAAAUUAGUCAAUCUAUUCAACAAUACGUGACGCCUUAUGUAAAUCGACGAGUAUCUAAACAUUCGCAUUGGGUAGGUAUUUUUUAAUGCGAAUAGGCACGUUCAGUGUGUUUAGUGCGGUUUUUUAACGUUCUAGAUCGCGUAAAAGUUAGCUCAAUGUAUGGAAUUGGAACAGCGCCCCUAGCGGCAAACGUAGGCAAACAGUAUUUACGACAAUUUUUAAUACUCGUCAGUUUUCCGCGUUGCAACUGUUUUUGGCGCGAAUCAAAGAACUGUAGCUUGAAAUCGUUCAACUGACUCGUGAAAUUUGCUGCAAGCGAAAAUGGAUUUCACUCUAGAAAAAUUAUACAAAACGCCGUAUCUUCUUCUGUUUAUAAAAAAAGAGAUUUUCUACAUAAGAUACUACUGAACAUAUGUUAGAAUAUAUACAAAGCAUCUUACAAGCUAUUAGAAGGAUUGUUCGCCGAUAGUCUAAAGGUAACAAAAAAAACCUAUGUAUUUUUUUGUUUUAUUUUCAGAUGAUUUUCUAAUCUAAAAUGUAAAUACAUAAAACUUAAUUAAUUAAAUUUAAUAUUAGUAAAUUGAAUAAUGACAAAGUAAUGAUUACUAAUUUUAUAGGUCACCAUUAACUUGGUACAUUUAAGCUUUUGACCUUUGACACAAACACCUUUUUUUGUUUUCGCCUUGUUGGGUUAAUAACUUUGAUUACAGUUUAGUCCAGGGAGGACCCGUUUUGUGUCAAAGAUACUUGUUAUCAGGGACGUCUUAAACUAGGAUGGGGCCCUUGGGCACACAAGAAUUUGACGCCCUUUUGGAAAGUAAAAAAGCGAAUUAUAAUAACAUUUUUUUACUGAGUAUGACCAUUUAUUAUAGGUAAUCAAAUACAGUAUGAUAUAAUAUGUCAUUAAUGAUAUUAGAAUGCUACUGGUUUUUUGGUUACGAUUUCGAUAACGGUUUCUUUCGGGAUUUCUGUUGAGCAAAAUCUUCUAUUAUAGGCAUAGUAUAUGCCUUGUAAAUACCUUCUGAUUACUGAUUUGUGAAAAAAGUGUAAUGUGCCCGACAAAAAUGUUUUGAGAAUAAGCGUGUGAAAGAAAUUGUCAUUCCGAUGCUCAUCAAAAUGAUAAACUCUUAAAAAUCACGUUCCAAAAUUUUCUAUAAAUCAGCUAAGAGGUCAACGAUCUAGAGUCACACUUUUGCGAUACACUGCGGGCUCGAAAAAUAUCAAUUUACUAAAACGUUAUGUAUUUACGCUUAGUACAAUCAAUCAUAACGUUUUAAAUUAGGCUAAUAACUUACUUUUAAUGUAGCCAAGAGCGGAUCCAGCUUUGGUGCCAGGAGGGGGUCACAUAAUCAUGGUCAAGUCUAGAACUUAUAAUUUAAUUUUGAUAACAAUAGAUACAAGUAAAAAGUAGGUAUUUUAUUUAUGUACGUAAGUACUGUACUUAAAAUUAUUUAUUCUUUAUUGUACACUUGAAAAACUUAACACAUAAUAACUUGUACAUACACACGUACAUAUUGUCAUCUUCUCUUGAAGAAAUCCAGAGAAGCACUAUCACGCCCGGAAUGAGGCAGCUUAUUUAUAUUCCAUAACCGUGGUCCUAAAAUCAUUAUGUUCAAUAUGUGGUCCACCUAGGUCCUGGAACCAGAUCAGGGGGGGUCAUGACCCCCAUGACCCCCCCCCCUGGAUCCGCCCUUGAAUGUAGCUUAAUUACACCCUGUAAGUGUAUUUGUUUUUAAUUAAAUUGUAUAAUAUCGUCGCUAAGCCAACAUUACCGCGUAAGUUAAAUUUAUGAAGUUUCCAGUACAACCAAAUAUGAUUGAAUAUUUUCUAGAGCUUUUCCAGUAAUAGGUGUGUGUUUCUCCUAUAAGCAUACGACACGCUUUAGCUAAAACUAAACUCAUAUACGCGGUGCUGUUAGCGGCGAUGAUGCGACAUAUCUGUGAUAAAUAGACAUAUUUAGUUUGACGUACUUAUUGUUAUGCAUUAAUUUUAUAAGUAGAAAAUAAAAUAUAAAAAUAA